GUGAAGUAAGAGAGAGAAAGAGAGAGAGAGAGAGAGAGGAAGAGGGAGAGAGAAAGAGAGAGAGAGAAAAUGAUCUUUCAAAGGUGAUAUUUUGAUCUCAUGUAGAAUUAAUUUUUGUUUGUGCUUAAUUAAUAUUUUAUUUAAUUUGUGAAUUACCUGUGAUUUUGUAUAAUUGAAAAUAGAGAAGAGAAUUAUUUAUAUUUGUAUAUUUAGAAAAGCAAGAAAAUCUCUGCCAACAAGCGAUUACAACUGAAAAAUUGAGGCGAACAAUUGAAAACAAAAAUGAUGAUUGGUUCUAAUUAUGGUUCUAAUUGUAUCAACAGUAGUAGAAGUGAUUCUUUAGUAGCUGUUUGUUGUCAUUCGAAUCCGAUUAUGUUACCCGGAUCCGCUUCACUCUAAUUAUCACCAAAUAAUGAAUUAUCAUCUAGUCUAAUGUACAGUUACACCCCCCAUCAUCAUCUCUUAUCAAUGUUAUCUCGAUCUCAUUCACCAUCACCAUCACCAACCCGCCCACCAUCAAGAGUCUCAUGUGAAUUCGACUCCUGGUAUCAAGAGUUAGGAAUCCAUUCUAUUGAUGACAUACCAGAAAGGUGUUCAAGCCUCAUUGAAUGGACCAAGACUAAACCUCUCUUCAUGUUACGAUUAGAUCCCGUUGACAGAGCAGUUCUUAGGAUUGCAGAUGAAAGAGAUGAAAUUCAAAAGAAAACAUUCACCAAAUGGGUUAACAAACAUCUUAUCAAAGCAAAUCGUCGGGUUAUCGAUUUAUUUGAAGAUCUCCGUGAUGGCGAAAACCUUGUAUCUCUAUUAGAAGUAUUGUCUCAAAAAGUAUUACCCCGUGAAAGAGGACGAAUGCGUGUUCACAUGUUACAAAAUGUUCAAAAUGCAUUAGAUUUUCUCAAACGACGUCGAAUUAAACUUGUCAACAUUCGUCCAGAUGAUAUCGUCGAUUCUAAUCAGAAAUUAACAUUAGGACUAAUUUGGACCAUUAUCCUUCAUUACCAGCUUUAUCCUUCUAUUCAACGUUAUCGUCGUUUAAGUCUCGAUGCUAAUCUGGUUCCGCCAACAUCGUCACCAAGGGUCAACAUCAUGAAAGGGUCAAUCAAGGCUCUAAAUUAUUUAUCUCAUAAACAUGGUCGACACUCAUUCUCAACGAUUUCUGAUAUAAUUCAACACGAUGAAAGCACUACAUUCAAAGAGGCUCUAUUGAAAUGGGCUCAAAAAACUACUGAAGGUUAUCCUGGUGUAAAAGUAACUGAUUUUACCAAUAGCUGGAAAGAUGGGCUUGCCUUCAAUGCAAUUUUACACAGGAACAGACCUGAUCUUUUGGAAUUCCGAGACUGUGCAUCACGUAAUAAUCGAGAUAAUCUCGAGAAUGCUUUCCAAAUUGGUGAAAGAGAUCUUGGUGUUACUCGUUUAUUGGAACCAGAAGAUGUUGAUACCAAAAAUAUUGAUGAGAAAUCCAUGAUCACAUAUAUCUCAUCUCUUUACGAACUAUUCCCUGAACCCCCUGAACGAAAUCCAUAUCUUGAUGAUGAAAAACUUCGCCAGGCUCGUAAAGAGUUCGAUGAGUGUUAUGAGAAUAUGCAUUCAUGGUUAGUUGCCAAGGAUAAAAUGAUCGCUGCUCUUGGUCCAAUAGGUUCUGAACCUCGACUUGUUGUUACACAAAAGCAACAAUGUCAAGUUAUUCGUGAAGAAUUUAAAUCUCAAGAGAGCAGCCUUGAAAGACUAGAGAAAUGUGGUGAUACUUAUAAACGAUUAUUAAAGUAUAGUAGUUCCGAGUACAAACGAGUGGAUGACCGAAUUUCCGAUAUUCGAAAGCAUUGGAGUUCACUUUUAAGUCAACUAUCCGAACGGGAAAGAGCCCUCGCUGUUGCCGGUGAAGCUGCCAGAAUUGCGCCAUUGAUUGAUUGGUUAAACAAGAGUGAGAAACGUUUGAAAGCCAUGUUACCCAUUCCAACUGAUCAGGAACUUAUUAGACAAAGAAUCUCUGAACAUCGUGUCCUUCAUCAAGACAUUUUGGAUCAUAAGAAGGACUUUAAAGAUCUAACUGAAAUCGCACAGAAUCUCGUGAGCUUAGUUGGCGAUGAUGAAGCUCAAAUGGUUGUUGAUCGUCUUCGAGAUGUAACCGAUCGUUACGCUAAACUUGUUAAAGACAGUGAAAACUUGAAGCAUCUUCUUUCAGGUUAUCAUGAAAGCUUGGGAGCUUUUGUGUUGAGUUUUGAGGACAUUUUGGCCUGGAUCACCGAAAUGGAUUCACGGCUCAGUCGAUUCCGUGUUUUAAGUGUUUACUCGGAUAAAUUACGUGAACAACUUGAUGAAUUGUCCGAUAUGAAUCAAGAAAUCAAUGAUACACACAAACAGGUUGUCGAUGUCAAUAAUAUGGCACAGAAAGUGAUUAAACAUGCUUCUAGUGAGGAUAUUAUUCAAGUGAAGGAUAAAUUGAAUGCUCUAAAUGGCAGAUUCGAUGAUCUAUCUCAUCGGGCAGUGGAAAAAUUGAGACAAGCACAAGAUGCCUUACCAUUAUGUGACAAUUUCCAUUCAGCUCAUGAUCGUCUCAACACUUGGCUGGACGAAUCUGAGUCAGCUCUUGAUUCUUUCUCUACACUUACCUCUCAUGCACAAGAAUCAUUAAUCCAAAGAAUUGAAUCUGCUCUUCCUAAAUAUGGCUCUCUUCUUGAUCAAGUUAACAGCAUCGGUCCACAAUUGGCACUUAUUUCCCCUGGCCAAGGAGCGGCAACCGUUGAUGGAUGGAUUUCUCGAGCCAACAAACGCUUUGAAAAGAUUGCUAAACGCCAACGAGAGCUUGGAGCCAAUUUCCAAGAGUCAAUGGCAUUUGAACAAGAAAUACAAGAUCUCCUUAAUUGGCUGGACGAUAUUGAAGGUCAAUUCGCUGCCUCUAAACCUGCCGGUGGACUUCCUGAAUCAGCUCGAGAGCAAUUAAACAAAUUCAUGGAUCUUUAUGAUGAACUACUUUCCAACAGGCCUAAAGUUGACUCUGUUUUGCACCGAGGUCAAGAUUAUGUCAGACGAAAUCCUGAUGGAAACUUUGCCCUUCAACAAAAUCUGAAAGGACUCAAGAAUAAAUGGGACAGUGUUCUAAAUCGGGCUAAUGAUCUUAAAAACAAAUUCGAAGGAGCUCUUAAGAACGCCAAGCAAUUCCAUGAAUCGUUACAAAAAUUCAUCGAUUGGUUGUCCAAGAGUGAAAGACGUUUGCAAUCCAUGUUACCAAUUCCAACUGAUCAAGAACUUAUCAGACAACGAAUGUCCGAGCAUCGAGUUCUUCAUCAAGACAUUUUGGAUCACAAGAAAGAUCUUAAAGAUUUAACUGAAUUCGCUCAGAAUCUCGUGAGCUUAGUUGGUGACGAUGAAGCUCAAAUAAUUGUUGAUCGUCUUCGAGAUGUAACCGAUCGCUAUGCUAAGCUUGUUAACGAAAGUGAAAACGUGAAGCACCUGCUUUCCGGUUAUCAUGAGAGUUUGGAAACUUUUGUUUUAACCUUCGAAGAUAUUUUAGCUUGGAUUACCGAAAUGGAUUCACGACUCAACAGAUUCCGUGUACUUAGCGUCCAUUUGGACAAAUUACGUGAACAACUUGAUGAAUUGUCUGAUAUGAACCAAGAAAUUAACGACACUCACAAACAGAUCGUUGAUGUUAACAAUAUGGCACAGAAAGUGAUGAAACAUGCCUCCGAGGGAGAUGUUAUUCAAGUGAAGGACAAAUUAAGUGCCUUAAACUGCCGAUUCGAUGAUCUAUCCCAUAGAGCAGCUGAAAAAUUGCGACAAGCUCAAGACGCUUUCCCGUUAUGUGACAAUUUCCACUCAGCUCAUGAUCGUCUCAACACUUGGUUAGAUGAAUCCGAAAAAGCUCUUGAUUCUUUCACAACUCUUACUCCUCAUGUUCAAGAAUCUACAAUCCAAAAAAUUGAAGCCGCUCUUCCUAAAUAUGGUUCACUACUCGAUCAAGUUAACAGCAUUGGUCCACAAUUGGCACUCAUUUCCCCUGGUCAAGGAGCGGCAACCGUUGAUGGAUGGAUUUCUCGAGCCAACAAACGCUUUGAAAAGAUUGCUAAACGCCAACGAGAGCUUGGAGCUACAUUCCAAGAGUCAUUGGCAUUUAAUCAAGAAAUUCAAGAUCUCCUUAAUUGGCUGGACGAUAUUGAAGGUCAAUUUGUCGCCUCCAAACCUGUCGGUGGACUCCCAGAAACCGCUCGAGAGCAAUUGGAUAAAUUCAUGGAUCUUUUCGCUGAACUUAAUUCCAAAAAACCAACAGUCGAAUCUGUUUUACAUCGAGGACAAGAGUAUGUCAGACGCUCUCCCGAGAAUAACGCUGAACUUUCAUCAAAUCUGAAGACACUUAAAACUCGAUGGGACAGUGUUGUCAAUCGAGCAAACGAUCUUAAAAUUAAACUUGAAAUCGCUCUACGAGAUGCAAAUGAGUUCCAUGAAGCAUUACAACAAUUCACCGAUUGGUUAACCUCAGCCGAGAAAUACUUGAACAACAUGGGCCCGGUUAGUUUGGUUGUUGAACAUAUUCUACCUCAAAUCGAGGAGCAUAAAAACUUCCAGAAAGAUGUUUCCAACCACCGAGAGACCAUGUUGAAUCUUGAUAAGAAGGGAACUCAUCUUAAAUACUUUAGUCAAAAACAAGAUGUUAUUCUGAUCAAGAAUCUAUUGGUCAGUGUUCAACAUCGUUGGGAGCGAGUUGUCGGUAAAGCUGCCGAGCGAACUCGAGCUUUAGAUCGUGGAUAUAAAGAGGCUCGUGAAUUCCAUGAUGCUUGGAGCAGUUUAAUCAGUUGGUUGAAAGACGCUGAAGAAUCACUUGAUACCUUCCAACCGAUUGGCAAUGAUCCUGAAAGAAUUAAACUUUAUCUUAAUAAACAUAAAGAAUUCCAAAGAUCAUUGGGAGCGAAACAAUCAACUUACGAUGCUACAAUUAAAUUGGGUCGAGCUUUGAAAGAUAAAUGUCCUAAAUCUGAUGUUCCUAUUUUGAAUGAUAUGAUUGAAGAAUUGAAGAAACGUUGGAACUCCGCUUGUGCCAAAUCGGUUGAUCGUCAAAGAAAAUUGGAAGAAGCUCUUCUAUUCUCUGGACAAUUUAAAGACGCUGUUCAAGCUUUAAUCGAUUGGCUCGAAAAGACCAAAGGUCGCCUUGGAUUGGAUAAUAUUCAUGGUGAUCUAGAUACUGUUACGGUUUUAGUUGAACAACAUAAAGCUUUACAAGAAGAUUUGAAAAGUCGCCGUGGUAACAUGGCCACUGUCAAGAAAACUGCCAGCGAUCUUCUUGAAUCAGCUACACCAACGGACGCUGCUUUAAUUAGAGAGCAAAUUGCCACACUUGACUCUCGAUGGGACGAAGUUGUUAAAAUGAGCGAUGCUAAACAACGAUGCUUAGAAGAUGCUCUAAGACAAGCUGAAGAACUACACAAGGCUGUUCAUUCACUACUCGAAUGGUUAUCUGAUGCUGAGAUGAAAUUACGAUUCUCUGGUCCUUUACCUGAAGAUGAAGAGACAACCAAACAACAGAUUAUGGAACACGAAGUUUUCAUGAGAGAAAUGUCCAAACAAGAGAUGAAUAAAGAUUCAACCAUCUCAUUAGCUGAAAAUAUUCUUGCCAAAUGUCACCCUGAUGCUGUUUCCGUUAUUCGUCAUUGGAUAACCAUAAUUAAAUCACGAUGGGAAGAAGUCUCUGGUUGGGCUAAACAACGAGAAACCAAAUUGCGUGAGCACUUGGAAUCAUUAAGAGGAAUCAUGAAUAUUUUGGAGGAAUUACUUAAUUGGCUGAGAAAAGCUGAAGCUAAUCUUUUGGCUGCCGAAUCAGAGCCUCUUCCAGAUGAUAUCGAAUCUCUUGAAGGUUUGAUUGAAGAGCAUCAGAAAUUCAUUGAUGAGAUGAGCUCAAAACAACCCGAAGUUGAAAGAGUUACCAAAGCCUUUUCAUCAACUAAACGACAAACUAAAUCAGUUGAAGUUAAGGGUCGACGAUCAACCUCAAAGACUCGAGUUGAAACUCCCGUUAAUGGUCAUUCUCGAACCUCAACCAGCAGUGAACCAGAAAUUAAGAAUCCCAAGGCUCGUGAAUUGGUUGAAAAAUGGAGAAGUGUUUGGCUUUUAGCCAUGGAAAGGAUGAGAAGACUUCAAGAUAAACUUGAUUAUAUUCGUGAGGUUGAAAGAGUUAAGAACUUUGAAUUUGAUGAAUGGCGACGACGAUUCUUGGGCUGGAUGAACAAUAAGAAAGCUCGAGUUAUGGACUUUUUCCGUAAAAUCGAUAAAGAUAACGAUGGUAAAGUUACUCAAGAAGAUUUCAUCGAAGGAUUCCUUGAAUCUAAAUUCCCAACUUCUCGACUUGAAAUGGAACGAGUUGCACCGAUAUUUGAUCGAAACAGUGAUGGUUUUAUCGACCAUAAAGAAUAUCUUGAAACUCUUCGACCAGAUCGCGAUUUACCCAAAACCGAGGCCGAAAUUAUUCAAGACGAGGUCCAACGACAAGUCUCCAAAUGUACUUGUGUCCAUCGAUACAAAGUUUUCCAAGUUGGCGAAGGCAAAUACCGAUUUGGUGACUCACAAAAACUUCGAUUGGUUCGUAUUCUCAGAAGUACUGUCAUGGUCCGUGUUGGAGGUGGUUGGGUUUCUCUCGAUGAAUUCUUGAUUAAGAACGAUCCUUGUCGAGCUAAAGGACGCACGAAUGUUGAGCUUCGAGAACAGUUUAUCCUGGCUGAUGGUGUAAGCCAAGGUAUGGCAGCAUUUAAAGCUAAACCAGUAAUCGAUCCAAAGACAGGCGCUAUCUCGACUGUCGGUCCAAUCACCAAGAUCCGAGAAAAAACGGAACUGAGUGUACCAAUGUCUCGUUCAUUCCGUUUUGGAGGCUCUACAAGUGACUGUAGUUUCAGUGACACCGACAGUGGAUCCAAAUCACGACCUGGAAGUCGAAUGGCCAUCAAAAAAUAACCAAAUUUUCAAAAGAAAACGAGAAAAUAUCAACAACAAGAUCAACCAAUUAAAUCAUUAAUUCAUCUCACACCAAACUAAACACCAAUCAAUUUAUAAAUACUAAUCAUAAUUUCACUGAGCAACAACAACAACAACAAUCAAUCAAUCACAAAUAUAAAUACUAAUCUUAUACUAAAUGUAAUAAAUUCAAUUCUAACUUUUUAAAAGUUAAUCCAAUUUAAAACUGUCCCUUAGAUUUUAUCUAAUGUGCAAUCAACUAUUUCUAAUGAUGAUAAUAUUUAAUUAAUUAAUAAAUGAACUCUGGAAAUAUCAACUUUUUUACUUAAUCAAUUGUAAAUCAAGUUAAUUUCCCAUAAUAAUAAACAAUCAAAACCAAAA